UAUCCAGCCAGGGAAUCCCCUGGUCUGAGACAGUAGAGAAAAGACAUGGCAUCUCCAUGGCUGUCAGGCUGGGGCUCCCUGCUCUUGCUGUGCAUGCUGGGCUCUGUAGUGCAGUCUGAGCCCACCUACAAGACCCUGUACUUUGAGCAGAAGAUUGACCACUUUGGCUUCUAUGAGGACUCCACUUUUAACCAGCGUUACCUUGUCUGCUAUAUACACUGGAGAAGACCUGGGGGCCCCAUCCUCUUCUAUACCUGGCAAUGAAGGCGACAUCACCUUGUUCAGCAAUAAUACAGGCUUUAUGUGGGAUGUAGCUGAGGAGCUCGGAGCCAUGAUAGUGUUUGCGGAGCACCGUUAUUAUGGCGAGUCUAUGCCGUAUGGUAACCUGUCCUACAGCGAUCCCAAGUACUUGAAUUAUCUGACCUCGGAGCAGGCUCUGGCAGACUUUGCAGUUCUAAUCCGGUCCAUCAAAGAAACUGAUGGUGCCCAGGAUAGUGCAGUGAUCGCCAUCGGGGGCUCGUAUGGAGGGAUGCUGGCGGCCUGGCUCAGAAUGAAGUAUCCUCAUGUUGUAGUGGGGGCUCUUGCUGCUUCUGCCCCCAUUUGGCAGUUCGAAGAUUUGGUUCCCUGUAAUCUGUAUUAUCAAAUUGUGACCAACGACUUCAAAAAAAGCGGGGCGGGAUGCGCCGAAAGUAUCACCAAGUCCUGGUCAGCCAUAAAUCGCAUGUUUGAAACUGAUGACGGCAUUCGAUGGUUGUCCGGCGCGUUUCACUUGUGCUCUCCUCUGAAGUGUCAGAAUGAUGCUGCGGACUUUAAAAACUGGUUAAGUGAGACCUGGGUGAACCUGGCUAUGGUGGACUAUCCCUAUCCGGCCAACUUCUUGGAGCCUCUGCCAGCCUGGCCUAUCAAGGAGGUUUGCAAGUAUUUGAGAAAUCCAAACCUGGAUGACAAAGAGCUGCUGCAGAACAUCUUCCAGGCAAUUAAUGUAUAUUAUAACUACACUGGAAACACCCCGUGUCUCAACACCUCUCAGACGGCUGUCGGGAGCCUGGACGACCUUGGCUGGAGUUAUCAGGCUUGCACAGAAAUGGUGAUGCCGUUCUGCUCUGAUGGGGUCACAGACAUGUUUGAGCCUCAGAAGUGGAAUUUUGAGGCUUUUUCGGAUGAGUGUUAUAAACAAUGGGGCAUCAGGCCUCGUCCCGAAUGGAUCACAUCAGUUUAUGGUGGGAAGAACAUCAGCGCUGCUAGCAACAUCAUCUUCAGCAAUGGUGAUCUAGAUCCGUGGUCAGCCGGUGGCGUCAAGCAGAGCCUCAGCGACUCCCUAAUCGCCAUCCUCAUCAAGGACGGGGCUCAUCAUCUGGACCUGCGCUCUAAUAACGCUUAUGACCCCAAGUCUGUGAUUGAAGCGCGGGCCUUGGAGGUGUCCUAUAUGAAGAAGUGGAUUAAAGAGCACAGUCAGCAAGUGAACGGAGUUUAAUGGGUCUUCGCAUCUGGUGGACCAUGUCUGAAACUUCUCGGAAUAUGAUGGAUGACAGAACUUUCCUUGUCCCCUGCUUAUCUUUCCUGCAUGGAAAUCAAAAGCUUUCAUCUGUUGGAGGCUGCAGGACAUUGUGUGUACAUCAAAUCAAUUGACAGCAUAUCUAUGGAAGGGACUGACAUUGGACCUGAAGGGCAUCUUGGCAUUUUUGCUCCUUUCUUAAAACUGUCUAUACAUUCCAUAUUAAGGACAGGAAAUAUAUUUUUUUUUUUUUUUUUUUUGGGCAUUUGGUGGCUCCUUUUUCAAAUGCCAGUUUAGGGCAUGGUUACCUAACGGUAGAACACUCCAUAUCCACCCCAACACCACCACUCACAACUCCCAUAUUUAGAAGCACAGCCUUGAGCCUCUGUCUGAAACCUGGAUUAUGAGGCAGGGUUGUCAGAAUCGGUCACUCCCUGGCACCAUUUUUGGUGCCGACUCCACUCUGCUGCACUAAGUUCCCGGCUCUUAUAAAGCACCACCUCUGAGGAUUAGGAAUGGUUUUAUACAGAUCGGACACACUAGUUUUUUUUUUUUGUUAAAGAAAUUCUCCACUUAAAUUUAAUUUAGAAAAAUCAUUUUUUUGUUGAACCUCUCAGAUGCAACAGUAAAAAGCCACCACGGCAUGGAAGCGGUUAGACAAUGUUACCCCAUUGACACCUCUGUGACAUGAUUGUGGGGUGCCAGUGAGUUUUCUUGGUAGGUAGGGUCUUAAAGGGGUUGUCUCACUUCAGCAAACGGCAUUUAUUAUACAGAGAAAGUUAAUACAAGCCUCUUAUUAAUCUAUUGUGAUUGUCCAUAUUGCUUCCUUUGCUGGCUGGAUUUAUUUUUCCAUCACUUUAUGCACUGCCUGUUUCCAUGGUUACGACCACCCUGUAAUCCAGCAGCGGUGGUCGUGCUUGCACACUAUAGAAAGUGGCCGGAAGUGCGCAUAAGCCAGAGCUUUUUCCUAUAGUGACCAUCGCUGAUGGAUUACAGGGUGGUCGUAACCAUGAAAAUGAGAAGAGUAUAAUGCGAUGGAAAAACGAAUCAAUCCAGCAAAGGACCGUGCAUUAGUAAGUGCCUUAUAUUAACUUUAUCUACAUGAUACAUGCCAUUCGCUGAGAUGGCACAAUCCCUUUUAAUAGAGACCCCCAGGUCUGCCAUUUUUGUAUGUUUCGAUUAUACCCUACUGCAAUGAAAACUACAGUUUGUCCCAUUGAAAAAUGAACCCUAACACAGCUCCGUCAACAAAAAGUUAUGCUGGUUAUGGACCUCAGAACACAAUGAUACAGAAAUGAGAAAAUCAUUGACCAGGUCCUUGUGGCGCUACUUUCCUCAACCUUCGCAGGUAGCAUGGUCUCAGUAUAACACAAAGGUGGACAAUUAAAUUAUUCCUGACCAGACUGCUAUACAGCGUUGAGGUUGUCGAGCAGUAUAUCCCUAGCUACCGUUCCGGCUCAAAUUACUCAAGUCUUCAGCUGAAGAAUGAAUUGGCGCUCAUCUGAGGAGGCCUUCUAGUAUUGACCUCACACUUUUCUCCAUCUCCUACUGUUGUAUUAAUCAGAUAUUUUUUUUUAAAUACACAGUGGUGGAGCCAUUGAGGUUGAGUUUGGCAAGCAGUUUCUCUCUAGCAACUGAGAACGACGCCAAUUCAUUAUUAAACUGGAGGGUACGGAAGCCUGCUAGUAUUGAUAUCACACUUUUCUCCAUCUCUUACUGCCGUACUAAUCAGAUUUUUGUAAAAAUGCAUUGAGGUGAAGAUGUCCUUUUAAUAGAAGAUCUUGAUGUGAUCUGUUUCGUCAUGCUGGUCCUCCUGUACAUUAUUUUUUUUAUUUUAGAUAUUUUUUCUCUCCCCAGCAAGCUGUACACUCCAAGACUGCUGAUUAUUGGGUAUACAGACCAAAAACAUCAUUAGUGCAGAUGUAUAAAAAAAAAAAAGGUAAUUUCUUACAAAUUGUGCAAUUUUUUUUCUUUUAAAAAAAACCAAAAACAAACCUGUCUUCAACACGCAGCAUGUUUCUUGCAACCACAUUUUGUUUUGUCAAGGCCAAUAGUUUUACUGUGGGAUGUGCAUAAAAUUUACUUGGGUUCCUCAGAAUUUUAGCCUGAAUUUUCCAAAAAAUCCUUGACAGGACUACGCUAUUUUUGUUAAGAACCGUCCAUCAACAUGACAACUAUGAAAGAUAUAUUUAUGAAACUAAAAACCUCUGUGUACUGUGGUGGGUGCGACAUGCCGUAUACUUCAUUGCUUUUACCCUGAAUGGGAGGCACACGAUGCCCCAACCCUCUCCUGUAAUGUAAUAUAUCUGUGAUUUGGGACUGGAUCCUAUCGUAUAAGAAUUUAUUUUUUGGGUAAUUUUGUCAGAUCUGAAAUAAAACCACAAGUAUCCGGUUUACAUGAUUGGUUUGAUACUGGGCAAUAAAUCUGAAGUUUACUUUA